GUAUAUAAGCAUAGCAGAGCAAUGACUGGAAAUUUGAGAGAGAGAGAGAGAGAGAGAGAGAGAGAGAGAGGAUGAGUGGAGAAGGGAAGACCGUGUGUGUGACGGGGGGAUCAGGGUACAUAGCUUCUUGGAUAGUGAAGCUCUUGCUUCAACGUGGUUACACUGUCAAAGCCUCUGUUCGCGACCCCAGUGAUCCUAAGAAGACAGAGCACUUAAUCUCACUUGAUGGAGCAAAAGAGAGACUUCAUUUAUUUAAAGCAAACCUACUUGAAGAAGGUUCCUUUGAUGCUGCUGUUGAUGGGUGUGUAGGAGUUUUUCAUACAGCAUCUCCUUGUACUCAUUCUGUCAAGGAUCCCCAGGCAGAAUUGAUUGAUCCUGCAUUGAAGGGAACGCUGAAUGUUCUCGGGUCAUGUGGAAAAUACUCUUCUGUCAAAAGAGUGGUGUUGACAUCCUCUGCAGCUGCAGUUGUCUAUGCUGGCAGGCCUCUAACUCCUGAAGUGGUAGUCGAUGAGAGUUGGUUUUCUGAUCAAGAGUUAUGCGAGCGAAAUAAGCUUUGGUACCCACUGUCAAAGAGUUUAGCAGAGGACGCUGCCUGGAAUUUUGUGAAAGAAAAGGGUAUUGACAUGGUCGCCAUUAAUCCAGCAAUGGUUAUUGGUCCUCUGUUGCAGCCUACACUAAAUGCAAGUGCUGCUGCAAUAUUGAACGUAAUAAAUGGUUCGACGACGUUUCCCAAUUCUUCAAUUGGAUGGGUGAAUGUUAAAGAUGUCGCCGAUGCACAUGUUCAAGCAUUUGAAAUUCCUUCAGCUAAUGGAAGAUAUUGCUUGGUUGAGAGCGUUGCACACUACUCUCAACUUGUGAAGAUACUGCACGAGCUUUUUCCUGAUUUGCAACUUCCAGAGAAGUGCGAGGAUGACAAGCCAUUUAUGCCAACAUACCAGGUAUCCCAGGAAAAAGCGAAAACCUUACGCGCUGACUUCAUUCCCCUGAAGCAAAGCAUCAAGGAAACCGUUGAAAGCUUGAAGAAGAACCUUUUCAUCCAGUGAACCGUGGCGGCAGCUACUGGAAAGAUUUACAUUGAUUGUGUCUCCAUCUUGUUUCUCCCAACCAAAAGAACAAUGAGACAAUGAAAUGGCCCAUCUUGUGUUGUAAUGUUCACCGAAAUUUUGGAACCGUCUUCUGAAUGAUCUAUCGGCUAGUAAGAUCGGAUAUGGAAAUUUAGUCGGUACAGAUAUUGUCCGUUCUGCC